GCCUACUGUACGCCUCUAGUUGUGGACUCGGGGAGUCGAUGACUAGUGAGAGCGAGUGGGUAUCCUCUCUCUAGUCGACAGUUACCAGAUCAGAUUGCUGCUACCUUUUUAUUAUUAUUGGUGUUAGAAUGCUUGCUGCUGUUGAGAAUCUCAGGCAAUCCCCGUCAUGACCUCACGCGCCCGCCCUGCCAAUGCACUGAAUGGGAUUUCUCAUUCUCAUCGCUCAGUUGUUUGCUCUGCGCGAUCGUUGUGAGCACUGAUAUCAGCUGUUAUUCGGACUUCGUCGAUGACAGAGUGAAUAACGAUUCGGGUUGUGUUUACCUUCUCGAGCCAAACUACGCAUCUGUUUCAACAAGAACCCACCAACGCUUGACUGAGGCGGCCAGCAUGGGGGCCGGCAAGAGCAAGCCCAAGGACCCCGGUCGCUCGCGCAGCAUGGAGGACGCCAGCGGGGGCCCCGCGGGUGGCAACGGGCACGGGGGCACGCCACACCUCAGCCCGUCCCAGCCCUCCCUCACGCCGCACCGCAGCCCCGCGCCCGACUCCCAGCGCCACCCCGGCCACCAGAUGCCCUCCAACCCAGAACUGGCACUGUUUGGAGGGGUGGACACCACCACCAACAGCAUCACCUCCCCACACCGCAGCACCCUCCUGGGUGGCGUGACCACAUUCGUAGCGCUGUACGACUAUGAGUCUCGCACAGCCUCAGAUCUGUCCUUCAGGAAGGGAGAAAGACUCCAGAUUGUCAACAACACGGAAGGGGACUGGUGGCUGGCGCGCUCGUUUGCCUCCGGGGAGAGCGGCUAUAUCCCCAGCAACUACGUGGCGCCGUCCGACUCCAUCCAGGCAGAAGAGUGGUACUUUGGGAAGAUCACACGCAGGGACUCCGAGAGGCUCCUGCUCAACCUGGAGAACCGUAGAGGAACCUUCCUCGUGCGCGAGAGCGAAACCACCAAGGGUGCCUACUGUCUGUCAGUGCUAGACUACGACAACACCAAAGGGCUGAAUGUGAAGCACUACAAGAUCAGGAAGCUGGACAGCGGCGGCUUCUACAUCACCUCGCGCACCCAGUUCAGCACACUACAGCAGCUGGUCAACCACUACCGCAAGCAUGCGGACGGCCUGUGCCACUGCCUGACGGAGGUGUGUCCGGUGCUGAAGCCUCAGACUCAGGGCCUGGCUCGCGACGCCUGGGAGAUCCCACGCGAGUCCCUACGCCUGGACCUCAAACUGGGCCAGGGCUGCUUCGGAGAGGUCUGGAUGGGCACUUGGAAUGGCACUACGCGGGUGGCCAUUAAGACCCUGAAGCCGGGCACCAUGUCCCCAGAGGCCUUCCUGCAGGAGGCCCAGGUCAUGAAGAAGCUGCGGCACGAGAAGCUGGUGCAGCUCUACGCUGUGGUGUCGGAGGAGCCCAUCUACAUAGUCACAGAGUACAUGGGACAAGGGAGUCUGCUGGACUUCCUGAAGGGAGACAUGGGCAAGAUGCUGCGCCUCCCACAGCUGGUGGACAUGGCCUCUCAGAUUGCGUCUGGCAUGGCGUACGUGGAGAGGAUGAACUACGUGCAUAGAGACCUGCGCGCCGCCAACAUCCUGGUGGGGGACAACAUGGUGUGCAAGGUGGCCGACUUCGGACUGGCCCGCCUCAUAGAGGACAACGAGUACACUGCCAGGCAGGGAGCCAAGUUCCCCAUCAAGUGGACCGCUCCUGAGGCAGCUCUCUAUGGGAAGUUCACCAUCAAGUCAGACGUCUGGUCCUUCGGGGUGCUGCUGACUGAACUGGCUACCAAGGGCAGAGUGCCCUACCCAGGCAUGGUGAACCGUGAGGUGCUGGACCAGGUGGAGCGUGGCUACCGCAUGCCGUGCCCGGCCGAGUGCCCCGAGUCCAUGCACGACCUGAUGCUGCAGUGCUGGCGCAAGGAGCCCGAGGAGAGGCCCACCUUCGAGUACCUGCAGGGCUUCCUGGAAGACUACUUCACCUCCACCGAGCCCCAGUACCAACCUGGGGAGAACCUCUAAGACACGAGAAGAACCCACCACCCCAACGCCCAUCCAUGUGUACAGAAGGGAGAACCUCUAGACAAGGAAACGCCACCAAUGUUCAGACGCGUGCUGUGGGAGUGCAGAAGUGCUGGUUUUUGAGACGGAUUUUUGUUGUUUUUUUUAAGUGUGUAUCUGCCACAGUUUUUGUUUUUAUUUGAAGUGUGUGUCUAUCUAACCUCCUCGCCCACGCCACCCCAGCGUCCACGCACAUCCACUGGGAGGAGAACCUCUAGAGAAGGAACCACCCCAGUGCUCACUCAUGUGUGCUGGAGGUUUCAACUGAGAAAGUGCUGGUUUUGGACUCACCGUUUGUUUGUUUUUUUUGUUUUUUUAUUUCAUUUUUUUAUGUCUAUCUGUCUGACCCCAACAUCCCAACAUCCCUCAUGUGUAACAAGGGGGAGAACCUUAUUAAGACACGGAACCUCCCUGAUGCUCACUGCUAGGGGUUCCGUGCUGGCUU